AUGGGACGAAGUCCGGUAUAUGUUGCAACACUAGUAGUCUUUGUUUUCUUUCAGUUUGGUGUUAUCUACGCGAAGAACUUUGGGAUGCUUCUAGCAUUUCGAUUCAUAACCGGCUUCAUGGGCUCGCCCGUCCUGGCGACAGGGGGAGCCUCGAUGGGAGAUAUGUGGAGCCCUAGAAUCCGCGACUAUAUGAUUGCGGUCUGGGCAAGCUUCGCCGUCGCCGCUCCCGUGCUGGGCCCUCUCGUGGGAGGGUUUGCCUCCUCCGCCAAGGGGUGGACGUGGACUAUCUGGGAGCUGCUUUGGAUAUCCGGCUUUGCCGUGGUUCUUCUCGUCUUCUUUCUGCCCGAGACAUUUGCCCCCAACAUUCUCAGUCGCCGAGCGCGGCGUAUUCGCCGAAUCACAGGUGAUCGGAGAUAUGCGUCCGAGGCUGAGAUUGAGAUUGCUCGGGUUGCUUCCAGGGAUGUCCUCUUUGAAGCGCUGGUCGGUCCAUUCGCGCUUUGCUUCCUCGAACCCAUUGUGCUUCUGAUGAACCUCUACAUUGCCCUUAUCUACGGAAUUCUAUAUAUCUGGUUCGAAGCCUUUCCGAUUGUCUUUGAAGAGAAACACGGCUUUAACCCAGGAGAAACCGGCCUGGCAUUCCUGGGUAUCAUGACAGGGGCGGUAUUCAUUGCUCUCCCGAUAUACUCCUAUUGGAAGUAUCGCUGGCAAUCCAAACACAUCAACCCAGAUGGUCAUCUUUCCCCAGAAGAACACCUCCCUCCAGCAUGCUUUGGAGCUGUGUGUCUGCCAAUAUCCCUUUUCUGGUUUGGUUGGACUGGAAACUUUGCUAGCGUCCAUUGGAUUAUGCCUAUUAUCGCUUCCACGCUGUUUUCCUUUGGGGGAUACCUUAUCUUCAAUGGCAUUUUCUGCUACGAGGCACAGGGGUAUUCGAAAUAUGCAGCCUCGGUCCUUGCCGGAAACGACUUCUUACGAUCAUCUUUCGGCGGCGCCUUCCCCCUAUUUGCGACGCAAAUGUUCCAUAAUCUCGGUGUUGGUUGGGCUUGUACGUUACUGGGUUGCUUGACCGUGCUAUUCGCGCCAUAUCCUUUCUUAUUGUACAUAUACGGGGAGCGCAUCCGGAUGAGGAGCAAGUAUGCCCAGCAUGGUAAGUAG